AACAACAAGAAUUCAUUUCAUUGAUUCCAACAUUUCAUCAGAUUUGUCAUAGUGAUUUUGUUACAAGUAACUGGUUAUCUUAUCUUAAUGCCGUUUCUCGUUAUCUUCUCUCAUCUGAUUUUCGAGAAACAGGAAGUUUACUUUUUCAAAUACUUACUUCAUUUUGCCAGCUUGCCCAGGAUGCAAUUAAUAGCAGUCUGCCAAAAUUUUAUUCAACACGUUUUGUCUCAAAUCAUGUGACAGAUAUCAAAUUACUAAAUAAAGAAAGUCAAUCACGUAUUCAAUUAUAUAUAUUAACAACAGCCAAUGAAUUCGCUUAUUCAUUUGAUUUCAUACGUGAUGCAACGUUUCUGAACGCAUUACUUUCGGGUUUACUUACUAAUUUCAACUUCGGAAUUGCCGGUUAUGAUUCAUAUUUGUCUGGAUAUCGUCUCAGUCAAAUGCCUAAGUCGUAUAAUCAAUCAUAUAACUGUGAUUGCUCUCUUACAGCAUCGUGUGUGUCUUCGGCAGCUAUUUCUGAUAAUAUCACUGGUGAUGUUCUAUUCGUCAUUCCAGGACUCUAUACUGGUUGUCAGUUAGUCGAAGCAAUGCGUCAGUCAAAUCUAGAAUGUUUAUAUAAUCAAACAUGUCUUAACCAAAUUCACAACUAUAUUCAAUCUCCUGUAUCCUUUAAUAUUACAGCACUCAAUACUUCUGUCUUCAGUCGUUAUAACCCAUCAACAACUAUUAGUCAACUUUUGGCUAAUCUCAUGGUAGAAUCAUGGGUUCAAAAUGUUUCUUAUUCUGCAUAUUAUCAUCAAUGCCAACCAAUUCAAUGUACCUAUAUGAAAAUUGAAAAAAACGAGGCGAUUUACAUCAUAACAACAUCGAUUGGUUUAUUCGGUGGUCUUUAUAAAGUUCUCUACUUUCUCACACCAAUUAUUGUUGAAAUAAUUCGACGUCGGCGAGGUAAAGUAAAUUCUAUUGUUGUUAUUACAAUCCGGAGAACUACUUAA